CCCAGCCAACCAGCGACCUACGCAAUUGCCCAAAGUCGAGCUUGUCCUCAUCUUGCCAUCGAGGACUUCACCUAGAGAACUACCUUUGAUUUUACUCAACAUCUCACUGCUACCAUUUACUUGACUUCAGCUCAUUCAUUCAAUUCAUCCCGUGAAACCGAUAUAAGACUACAAACAUCACGACCAACCUACACCAAACAGAAAAACUGGACCCAAAACCAUCAACAAGAUGGCCACCCGCAGAAUUAUAUCCCAAGAGAAGACUCUCCUCGAGAAGGAUGACCGUAUCGGUUCCAGCCCAGCGGCAAGCGAGAAGUCCAACAUCACGCCAGCCGUCCCUGCUUCCGUAAUUAUCAAACUUCUAGCCUUUACCUUCGCAAUGAUCGUCAUCCCCAUUUCUUCUUACUUCCUCACAGUAGACCGUUUGUUUAAAGGAAACUCAACAUACGCCGGCGCCACAGCAGCUAUUAUGGCCAACGUGGUAUUAAUUGGGUAUAUCAUUGUUGCCAUGGCGGAGGAUCAGUCGGACCAGGAGAAUGAGAAGAAAGGAGGUGGUGGGAAAGGAGAAGGGAAGAAGGAUCUGUGAUUUUCACCGAGAUGUGACAUGAGUGUUGUGACAUUGCCUGCCCUCAUGAACGGAAAGGGUUGUGGGGAAAAAAAAAAAGUAUUCAUCUGUGUAUCCAAACAUCUUCUUUCGUUCGAAACAACGAGUGAAAUGUUCUUCGCGUG